AUGUCCAUUUGGAACACAGAGUUGCUGUGUCUGACAUCUGACUCCUUACCUCCAGAAAAAGAACAACAAAGAAAGAAAGUGGAUUUUGUACAGGGCUACCUUGGUGAAAAUGGAGACAGUUCUCCAGGCCAAUUUAUGAAAUUGCUGGAAGUAAUAGAGAAGUUAUUAAAUAUCAUUGUGUUAGUAAUGGUGAUAGCUUGUUUUGCAAUAUUUAUUUUGUUAAUGGGAUUUGGCUUUUGGCUAGAUAGACUAGGCAGCCAAAGAGAAGUGGACCCUGAAGAGACAAGGGUCACAUUUGAGGAUGUAAAAGGGGUUGAUGAGGCAAAACAAGAAUUGAAAUGUUUAGUUGAAUUCUUGAAGAAUCCAGAAAAGUUUUCAGCAUUGGGUGCCAAGCUUCCUAAAGGCAUUCUGCUUGUUGGACCUCCAGGCACUGGAAAAACCCUUCUAGCUCGUGCUGUAGCAGGUGAAGCUGGGGUGCCAUUCUUUCAUUCAUCUGGUUCAGAAUUUGAUGACAUUCUUGUUGGCCAAGGAGCUGCAAGAGUUCGCAAUCUCUUCAGGAGGGCAAAAACCUGUGCUCCAUGUAUAAUAUUUAUUGAUGAAAUAGACUCCAUUGGAGCAAAACGUACAAGCUCAAACUUCCAUCCUUAUGCAAACCAAACAAUUAACCAGUUAUUAUCUGAAAUGGAUGGAUUUGAUCAGAAUGAGGGAGUGAUUGUCCUUGGAGCUACAAACAGGAGGGACUGUUUAGAUAAAGCUCUUAUCCGUCCAGGAAGAUUUGAUGUUGAAGUAACAGUACCUGUGCCUGAUUAUGUGGGACGUAAGGAAAUCCUUUACUUAUACUUGGGCCGUAUACUCAGCAGGGAUGUUGAUGUUGAAAUGUUAGCACGGGGUACUACUGGUUUCACAGGAGCAGACCUCGAAAGUAUGGUGAACCAAGCAGCAAUUAGAGCUGCUAUUGAUGGUGACGAUUUUGUUUCUAUGAAGCACCUUGAAGAUGAAAGGGACAAAGUUCUUAUGGGUCCUGAAAGAAAAUCGAGAAUACCUGAUGAGGAAACAAAUACAAUAACAGCUUAUCAUGAAGGUGGUCAUGCAAUUGUUGCUUUUUAUACGAAAGAUUCACAUCCACUGCAUAAAGUGACUAUUAUUCAACGUGGUUCAUCUCUUGGCCAUACUGCAUACAUGCCAGAAAAAGAGAGCUACUAUGUUACAAAGUCACAGUUAAUGGCUGUGUUGGAUAUGCUGAUGGGUGGUCGAGCAGCUGAAGAGCUCAUCUUUGGUCCUGAUAAAAUAACUUCAGGAGCCUCAAGUGAUUUAAAGCAAGCAACUUCUAUCGCAACCUCUAUGGUUAAAGAAUGGGGAAUGUCUACAACUGUUGGCCUUCGGACAUAUGAUAACCGUGACAAAUCAUGGGUUAAUGAACUUAGCCCUGGCACAGCAGAACUGGUUGACAGUGAAAUUAAAAGGCUAUUGAUGGAAUCAUAUGAACGUGCAAAGAGCAUUCUCAAAGCUCAUCACAGUGAGCACAAAUUACUGGCAGAAGCUUUGCUGAAGUAUGAGACACUUAAUGCUGAAGAUAUUAAAGAAAUAAUAAAGAGCAAAGAUACAGCAAGCACAAGUCGGUCUGUAUGA